AUGCGCACACCUUUGCGUUUCAAUGCUUCGACCUCUCCAUUCUUCCGGUCGAGUAUAGCCGCACAACUUCGAGGGUUUUCUAGAGGGACGACACUGAAAGAAGCUCCAACGCCAGUAAUCAAAGACCAAGUCAGGUCAAAAUCCACCGACGAUGACGCCGACGAAGAGGAGGCGUUUCACAAAAGUGAGAAGGCAGCCCAGGCAUCUCAAGUCAAUCUCAGCGCGAGAUUGUCCAAGGAAGGGGCUGCAAGCUCGAGUGGCGGAUUCGGUGAGGUCUGGCGGUUGAUCAAGAUCGCUCGACCGGAGGCGGGAGUCCUGGUGUGGGCUUUCAUCUUCUUGCUCAUUUCGUCCGCGAUCACCAUGUCUAUUCCUUUCUCGAUUGGGAAAAUCCUGGAUAUUGCAACUAAAGGAGCGGCUAAGACAGACGGGUCGGAAUCCGAAGAGAAAUCCGAGAUGCUUUUUGGCCUCACCUUGACAACUUUCUACACUGUUCUUGGUGCUGUCCUUGCGACUGGAGCGGCUGCGAAUUACGGGCGCAUCAUCAUCCUCCGGAUCGUGGGAGAGCGAAUUGUGGCUCGUCUCCGAUCGAGGCUCUUUCGGCAGACAUAUGUCCAGAACGCCGAAUUCUUCGAUGCGAACCGUGUGGGUGACUUGAUAUCCAGACUCAGUUCUGACACUAUCAUUGUCGGCAAGUCCAUAACCCAGAAUCUAUCUGAUGGAUUACGUGCCUUUGUUAGCGGUGCAGCGGGAUUUGGCCUCAUGGCGUGGGUGUCCCUCAAGUUGACAGGGAUUUUAGCGUUGCUGUUCCCUCCAGUUGCUCUGGGCGCAUUUUUCUAUGGACGAGCGAUCCGCAAUUUGAGCCGGAAGAUACAGAAAAACCUUGGAACAUUGACCAAGAUCGCUGAAGAGAGGUUGGGCAACGUACGAACUUCGCAAGCAUUUGCAGGCGAAAUCCUCGAAGUCCAUCGCUACAACACCCAAGUACGCAAGAUAUUUGAUUUGGGCAAACGGGAGUCCCUGAUCAGUGCAACAUUCUUUUCGACGACAGGCUUGAUGGGCAACAUGACCAUCUUGACCUUGCUUUAUGUGGGUGGCGGUAUGGUUUCGAACGGAACGAUCAGCAUUGGCGAACUCACCUCUUUUCUCAUGUAUACAGCAUAUGCGGGUGGCUCUUUGUUCGGCCUCUCUUCCUUCUACUCCGAGCUCAUGAAGGGUGUCGGCGCCGCUUCUCGUCUGUUUGAAUUGCAGGAUAGGGAGCCGACCAUCUCUCCCACGAAGGGUGACAAGGUCGUGUCCGCUCGUGGCCCUAUCCGCUUUGAGAACCUGACAUUCAGUUAUCCGACAAGACCAGCGGUUAAGAUCUUCCAGAACCUGGAUUUUGAGAUUCCUCAGGGUACAAAUGUCGCUAUUGUUGGGCCUUCUGGUGGCGGCAAGAGUACUAUUGCGUCGCUGAUCUUGCGAUUCUACACGCCCUCCGAAGGUCGUAUCCUCAUCAACGGCAAGGAUAUCUCAACCAUGAAUGUCAAGUCUUUAAGAAGAAAAGUUGGCAUUGUUUCGCAAGAGCCAGUCUUGUUCUCUGGCACGAUCGCCGAGAACAUCGCCUAUGGCAGGCCACACGCCACCCGAGCCGAGAUUCUCCGCGCUGCCAGGAGAGCAAACUGUUCAUUCAUCGGCGAUUUCCCCGAUGGACUUGAUACGCACGUUGGCGCCCGAGGUACGCAGCUGUCCGGUGGUCAGAAGCAACGCAUUGCCAUUGCUCGGGCUCUCGUGAAGCAACCAGACAUUUUGAUACUGGACGAAGCUACAUCUGCUCUCGACGCCGAAUCUGAGACGCUUGUCAAUGAAGCACUGGCGUCGUUGUUGAAGGGUAGUAACACGACGAUCUCGAUCGCUCACCGUUUAUCCACCAUCAAACGAUCCGACACUAUUAUAUGCCUCAGCAGCGAUGGUCGUGUCGCCGAGAUGGGGUCAUAUAAAGAUCUGAGCAACCGUCCAGAUGGUGCUUUUACGAAACUCAUGGAGUGGCAGAUGAGCGGCGGUGAGGCUCCGCCAACGAACAUGAACAACUUGGCCAUUGGGGCUGAGCAUAAAGGACCUCCAAAUGAGCAGGAUGAGAUCGAGGCGGAACUGGAAGAACCCAAUGACGGGGAGGCCGAAGACGAAAUCGAGGGCAGCAAAGUGCAAGAGACGAUCAAGGAGGCCGUGGAAGAGAAAAGGUGA